UUAUUAUCUAAUUAUUGCAUGGACCUGCACCAGAGCUCAAUUAAUAUAUCCAUAUAUAAUGAUAUAAAGAAGAUGUUCAGACAUUGUGACUGAGGAUGCAUUCCUAUGUUCAGAAAUGGUUGGAUAAAACAUUAGAACACACAGACACAAAAUGGACGAGCAGGAUUCCAUGGUUGCUAUGGUCCUUCCGAUGAUUCUAUGGAAUCCUCAUUUGAACAUAAACAACCACUCAAGCAGUCACAAAAAGUGUUUCCUCAAGUUCAGCUCAACGAUUUCUUGCUAACAGCCUUUUUUACUGCGGACUUCUUCCUUCAUUACAAGAACUAAAGAGUCACAGAGACUGACCAGAGCGACUAAAGUAACUUUCAUCAUGGAAAAUUGUGACGUUCCCGUUCUCCUGACCGACAACCAGACAGGAAGGAGAACCUCUGCUCGCCAGGCAGAGAGCGCGUCGAGGCCCUCAGCCUGGAGACAGUGUUCAUGCUGCAGGGACAAGCAGGGGCCGACUCUAAAGAGAAAGCGCCGGCCCUCUGCUGCUCCCGGAGACCUUCACCAGAAGAGGAAGCGCACCUCCGGAGCCCGUCCCCUCCCUGACCAUCCAGAGGUGUUGGACUGUGUUCCCGCUGUGCAGCCCUCCCCAGCUGGUGACCAUUCAGAGUCUUUGGUGGAGAAGCCUAGAGCCACCAUCCCACCUGCUGACCUGCCCCGAGUCUCCUGUGUGGCCCCCAGCCUCCAGCCCUCCACUGCUCCACUGAACGACGGGCCUCUGAAGAUAUUCAACCUCCCAGUGGAAGAAUACCAGCAGCUGUACCACGAGGUUGUUGAUGAAAUGCUGAGGUUCAAGAGCGGCCGUCUGCGUCCUUACACUCUGAGCCUGGGGCGCGUCAUCAAGCAGAAGCUGUGGCAGAGACUGGACCGUCCCCUGUUCACCGAAACAGUCAACGGAGACGGACUGGUGCACGUGGAUGUCUCCUACGGGGUUGGAGUCUUCCCUCCCCUCCACCAGUUGUUGUUGGACUCCACACGUCCAGAUGUACCAGGAGCUGAUCGAGAGCCGGGAUCAUUCCUUCUACCACAAGAGCCAUGUUCCAGAGAUGCUUAUUCCUCCUCCACCUUCACCACCAACUCCUGCUCCUUGUCUUAACUUUUGCACUGUUGUUUAAUAAAUUCCAUCAUUGCUUUUGA